AUGACACACGGCUUGAAAGUCGAUGGUCGUGAACAGCCUGGCACCGAAGCCGGCGCAAGCGUCUCUGCUGUGGACGCGCGAGACUGUCUUGCAAGCAGAUUUUCUCCGUCUCCAAACACACAUGAGCGACUGGUCUUGCCCUCCCCUCAGCCUCCGCCAAGUCUAUCGUAUGCAGACUCUGGCUUUCAUGAGCCAUCGGACUUUGAUGAUAUGUUGCCAGCACCACAUCAGCCAGUCUCGGAGCAAGAGAGAGUGCCAUCUGAACGACAGCAUAACCAAAGGCUAGUUGCAACCAUGUCUAAAUCAGAGCAUGUUGCGGAAGAGCAGACUGCCCAACAAAUUGUCCCUCCUACACUAGAGCGCUCAGAUACCAGCUUCAGAAUUCCUCAAGAGCCUUCAGGCCCCGAAAGUCGUGGAACAGAAACCCCGAGAGCAGAAGCAGCGCAUACGCCUAUCACACUACCAGCGGGUGCUACACCGAAUGAUAAUGUGCCACCGCAGACAACCACGCCCGCCGUUCUGAACAAUGAGUCAGAACCAGUCAGCCGAGAAUCAACACCAUUAGCUCGCCUGGAAGAAAAUGAAGCUCCGUUGAUCGUGCCAAAAGCGAUCGCUCACAAUGCGAGUCUCGAGCGGUCAGAAGAAGCGGCUGCUUCAACUGCGGCGGUGUCGGACGCUCCCAAGACCUCCGGUGACCAAGUAUCGGGCGAUUGA